AUAUAUUUUUUACAUAUAUUAUUCUUCUAAAGAAAAUUAAAGACAAACUAUAGCACAAAAACCGUAAAAAUUACAAUUUUAAUUAUCCUUGUUUCCAUGAAAGAAAUAAUCGUAAAAAAUACACAUAAACUCUAUUUCUAAUCUAUUUUCUUGAAAUUAAAUGUAAAUUUUUUCAUAUGAAUUCCUUUCUGGAGUAUUUUUGAAAAAAUCAACUGCUUUUUUAAAUAAAUUAUCCUAUUAAAAAUCCCAAUUUUUGUUUUUGGAAAAUUUCUUGUCUUUUUUUGCUGGAAAUUAUACAUAAAUUCUCUCUUAAACUUCAAAAAAAAACACGCUUUUUAAUAAAUGCUAAUUAGUCUCGAAAAUUCCUCUUAAAAAAAUUAAUAUUUAAACACUAAAUUUUAUCAUCUGUUUUUCAUUUUAAGAAAGAGGUUAUAUCGGUCCUGCUUUAUACCACAUAAACGAUUCUAAAGAAUAUUAGGUAGUAGAACUUAUUCCUUUUAUAUUUAAAUUAUUAUCGUAUAUUUGACUUGCAUUUUACAUAUAUUCAUCUAAUCUAUCUUAUGAUUAUAUCUAAAAAGAUUAUUAAAUUGAAAAUAUAAAUGAUUCUGUAAAUUUUUUUGAUGAUAUUAAUGAUAGUACAAAAGGUUAAAUGUGGUUUAAUAAUGUUUGGACUGCAUUUUAGUUUAUUUAUGGUAAUGAUGAAUC